AUGCCCUACUAUAAUUGUCAAUACAAAGAGAAUUUGUGUUCAUAUUUAUACCACCCGUCGUCGAAGCCAUUUGUUGAUAUGUCAUUAAUACAAACAUUAAACGUUGCAUGUGUUUUAUAAGAAUAUUUUAGUGAAUUCAUUUUUGUCAUUGUUUAUAACAAGACAAAAGUGAGUUCGAAUUAAACAUGCGUCGCGUUUAUGAAGCAUCGAAGACGGUACAUAUAUUUGUGAAAAAGGUUUUGUUAGGUAAAGCUAGGUCAUUGAAGGUGCAAGUUUAGCAGCGAAGAUGAGGAGGCACAUAGAUAAUAACAAGGAGCCCGUGGAGCCCCCGGCUCCCAAAAUUACAAGAUCGGAUGUUUUCCCAACCUCUAAAGAGUUCGCUUUAAAGCUGUGUUUAAGAUCGAUAUCAAGAUCUACGGAGCAAAAGGAUUUAUAUGAAGCUCACAGAUUUCUAAUGGAAUAUCUCAGGCGACCAGACUACGCUGAAUUAAUUAAUAAUUAUAUUGAACUAACAGAUUUAAGCGAAAAGGAUUUACGAAAGAGAUUACGCCAAUCGAUUGUGUGUUUUUAUUUUUAUAAUGAUAGUCUUGAACAGGCUAUUGAUAUCCCAGUUACUAAUAUGUAUUUUAUCUCGCAAAUAGUUGUAUUUAUUGAUAUGAAAGCUUUAGAGUGGCAAACGUUCAAAAGUCGUAAAAAUAGAGCUAAUGAGGAAAUGCGAAAAUUUACGAAUAGAUCAGCAUCAACAGUUCUAUCGUUGUUAAAAUUAAUAUUUAAUGAAGACAUAUUUCAGAUAUUGCCUAUAUUUUUAAGAUGUAGAUGUCUUACCUAUGAAUUCAAAGAAUUUUUUGACACUAUAUUUAGAAGGCAUUUUUUUACAGCAAGCAACAUUAACAUUUCAACAGGUUUAUCUGCAAUCAACACUCAACAUUUGGAAGCUGUCUGCAAUCAACACUCAACAUUCAAUAAAAUCCUGCAAUCAACAUUUAACAAGAUAUUUAUUUUUGCUCAACAAAUAACUAAACUGUUAAAUGAAAUAAUCUUCAAUCAACACUCAACACUUAUCUACAAUCAACAUUACAUAAUUAUAUUUUAUUAUAAUUAUUGUCCUCAUAA